AUGAAACUGUUUUUGGUUGGAAUGUUUGUAGCCGUAUGCUCGGCCGCGCGUUUGGAUAACAAUUACCUACCUCCCAACCAUGCCUCUUCAUCAGGAGGCAAUGGCAAAUUCCUGGCUGCUCCGUAUGCAGCUGCUGGUGCUCCAACAACUCCACCGGUUGCCAUAUUAAAGAGUGUUAAUGAUAAUAACGGAGAUGGAACCUACAAUUUCGAAUUCCAAUCUGAAAACGGCAUUAACCAACAAGAAUCCGGACACUUGGAAAACGAAGGAAGUGAAAACGAGGAACAAGUAGUCAGCGGAUCUUACUCUUACACUGGACCUGAUGGCAACGUGUAUACUGUGCACUAUCGUGCUGAUGCAAAUGGAUUCCAAGCUUUCGGUGACCAUCUACCUACCGCUCCUCCAGUACCUGAAGCAAUCUUGAAAUCUUUGGAACAAAACAAAGCUGAAGAAGCCAGCCAAUCUGCCAGCCAACAAUACUUACCACCCGUAGUUAGCGCUAAAAAGUCAAACGGUAGUAAAAAGCUACGUACAAAUUAUCCUGCGGAAAAUCAUUGCUAA